UGCCGGAGUGGCGCGAGAUAAGGAGGAGGAGCCUCAACAUUUAAGCCCAUUGCCGCCUUGCUGCCCCAACUUAUCGCUCAAGGUUCACUUCCUUCGAGCCCCACGCUCCCCGUCCCGGCGUCCCCCAUGCUCGGCAGGCGGCAGGCUCGUCAGUGCGGGUUGGCGCGGUGGAGCGAGUCGUGAGUCGUGAGCAGUCGUGAGUCCCUGACGUCGCCGUCGUCAACACAGCGAGCCACGCCGUGGUGCUGCGUCAACAUGGGUAUCACGCUGAACCUCCACCCCCUGUCGCCUGCUGUCGGUGGCGUUCUCCUCGCCAUCAAGGCCUUGGGGUUGGACGACCAGGUGGUCAGGAAAGAAGUCGACUUGUCCGCGGGACAGUCCCUCCACACGGUGCCCUCCAUAGAAGACGGUGGCUUUUGCUUGUGGAACAGUCACGCCAUCGUCGCCUACCUGGCUAGUGCCUACGGGGAAGGAGGGAGCCUGUACCCGCAGGACCUCCAGAAACGAGCCAAGGUGGACCAGUGGCUGCACUUCUCCAGUUCGAUCCUCUACAACAGGCUUAUGGACAUGACGGAGCCCCUGUGGACCAAGCGCUCCAAGGUGGUGUCCGAAGAAGCGUGCGAGCGCGCCGAGGCCGCCUUCCGCAUGCUGGACGCGCAGCUGGACGCUCAGCUGGAGGGCGGCCCGGCCUCGGGCCCAGCCGGCCCGUGGCUCUGCGGCGAGGACAUGACCAUCGCGGACCUCUGCUGCGUGCCGCUCGUCGCGGCCAUGGAGAUCUUCGUCGGGGCAUCGAGGCACUUCCCUCGAAUGACGGCUUGGGCGGAGCACUGCAGGACACACGUCCCCGGCUACGUGAGUGUGGUGGAGGCGUGCCGUCAGAGGUACAUUGCCAUCAUCACGUCCAAGAUGACAGCGUGAGCUCGGUACGCGUCGAGCACCGCGUCGAGCACCGCGCCGAGCACCGCGUCGAGCACGUCGCCGAGCGCGUCAAGCAUGCCGUGAAGCACGUCAUCCGCGUCAAGCGCGUUGCCAAGCACCGCGUCAAGCAUGUCGUCAAGCACUGCGUCACGCACGUCGUCAAGCACCGCGUUAAGCAUGUCGUCACCGCGUCACGCACGUCAUCAAGCACCGCGUUAAGCGACAACUAUAUGACUUGAGUUUCCUUUAAAAUUGCAACCACUCCUUAUUUUUUCCGGGCUUCUGUACUGCUUUGGAACUAGAAAAAUAAAUCCCUGAGAAAAUCUAA